AUAGUGGUGCUCAGCAGGUUCGUCAAACGCACAGUGGCAGUUGGAGAAAUCGCAAGCCCAGCACACAUGUACGAAGCAUUGUUGCCAUGCCAAGUCUAGUCGCAUCACCACCAAGGGAGCUGCAGCACCUCAGCAUGGACACUGAGAAUAAGAAGAGGGGGAAAGACAGGGGAGGAAACCUCAAGUCUCGGCUGCAGUGUAGAUCGUCUCAAACUGCUAACACUGAGGGGCUUUGUUUUGAAGAGAUGUCCCAGUGGGCACAGUCAUUUGAGAGACUUCUGUCGUCCAAAUAUGGCGUGAAGAUAUUCCAGGCCUUCUUGAAGUCAGAAUUCAGCGAUGAAAACAUUGAGUUUUGGCUGGUGUGUGAGGACUAUAAGAAGAUCAAGUCUUCCUUCAGGAUGUCCUCGAGGGCCAAAAAGAUCUUCAAACGCUACAUUCAGGCAGAGGCUCCGAGAGAGAUCAACAUUGAUCACAAGACCAGGGAGCUGAUCAGACGGAACAUUAAGGCCCCCACCACAGAGUGCUUCAACGACGCUCAGAGGAUCGUCUAUGGGCUAAUGGAGAGGGACUCUUAUCCACGUUUCCUCAGGUCUGACAUCUAUCAGGCUCUAAUGGACUCCACAUCGGAAACAGUGAAGAUGUAAAGAAAAUAUAUAGAGGGGACACUGUAUUUAUAGAAGCUGGACUGUGAAGCUGAGCCUAAUGCUGGACUACCUGAGAGAAGCUCUGGUGUGUGUUUGCUUGUCCUGGGACCACUGCUGGUGAUUCUGACCAAAUGCACCCAAAACAUAUCAUUUUCAACACAUUCAUACCCUGCUUUUCAGUUGGAGGAGUUCUGAGGUUGCAGCUGUUUGCUCCUGUAGAGCAAAGGACUUCCCAGAGAUGGGACGAUUAUUUAGUGGAAAUGCUGGGGACUUUCUGCAAGAGACACCAGGAAGUGUAUGUGGUGCACAUAGCACCCUCGACCUAAGAUUCAAGUGUGUGAGACAGCACAUUUGCACACCAUCUUACCUUAAAUUCAUUGUUAUCUCACUAAUGCAAUAGAUAGGUAGAUGGUAUUAAGAUGUAGAUGUUUUCUGUUUGUUUGUUUUGUACAUUCUGACAUCAGUGCUGGCAAACUGAAACAGCUGAUAUGUUACAACUAUCAUAAUCUAUUAUAAGCUAUGUGUUGAAUAUAUAUGCCACAGUGUGUGAAUGUGAAUAUUAAGAUGGGUUUGUAUAUAUUUAAUAAAUAAAAUAUUACUUGUAAGUUGAA